AUGCAGGCUAUCGCAGAAUCGUUAGGACAAUCCUAUUCAAAUAGCUUAUACAGAGAUGACGAAUAUGCUCGAGAAGAGUUCGUUAGAGGAAAUGAACAAUUCAAAACGUUAACGCCAUCUCUUUCAAUGCCUCCAAUUGCUAGUCCACAAGCAUUUUUGAGGGCUCAUACUGAUGACUCCAAGAACCCUGACUGUAAGAUUAAAAUUGCUCACGGUACAACCACUUUGGCGUUUAGGUUCCAAGGGGGCAUUAUUGUUGCUGUAGAUUCGCGUGCUACAGCAGGCCAAUGGAUCGCAUCCCAAACUGUUAAGAAGGUUAUUGAGAUCAAUCCAUUUCUUUUGGGUACAAUGGCUGGAGGUGCAGCCGACUGUCAAUAUUGGGAGACCUGGUUAGGUGCUCAAUGUCGUUUACACGAGUUGAAGGAGAAAGAACGUAUAUCGGUUGCUGCUGCCUCUAAGAUUUUAGGUAAUUUGGUGUACGAAUAUAAAGGAUCAGGUCUUUCUAUGGGUACCAUGAUCUGCGGCUAUACAAAGAAGGAGGGCCCUACAAUUUAUCAUGUGGAUUCCGAUGGAAUGCGAUUAAAAGGCGACUUGUUUUGUGUAGGCUCAGGUCAGACUUUUGCCUAUGGUGUGCUAGACACAAAUUACAAGUGGGAUCUUUCCGUUGACGAAGCAUUAUAUUUGGGUAAGCGCUCCAUCCUUGCUGCGGCACAUCGUGAUGCAUACUCUGGUGGCUCAGUGAAUCUAUACCACGUUACUGAAAAUGGUUGGGUAUAUCAUGGAAACCACGAUGUUGGUACCCUAUUCUGGGAAAUAAAACAGCAGGAGAAAUCUUUCAAUAAUGUGGUAGGUAACUAA